AUGUUACAAAAAUUAUUUUUCUUAAUUUUAUUUUUUGUUAUAACUUGUGAAGGAUUUAUGAAUAUUGAUCAAUUUAUGAUAACUAAUCAAACAAAAAAUCGUUUAAGUUUAACAUGUCAAUAUAAUGAUUACAAUAAUGUUUAUAAUGUUACUAAUUGUGAAUAUUGUGUUUAUCAAUCUUUUAGUAAUGGUUCAGUUUCAUCAAUUAAUAAUGAUUGUAUUCAAAUAACAAAUACAUAUAAAAGUAUUUCAGAGAGAUGUCAAGGAUUUUCUGAUAAAACUGAUGUUGGUUAUGGAAUUUGUUCACCACUUUCAUAUGAAACAUUUAAUAUAUCAACACUUUGUAUUUGUGCUACAGAUUUUUGUAAUACAGAUAUUGAUUCAUGUCAAUCUUCUGUUCAAAGUCAAACUCAAUCAAAUUCUUUACCAUCUGUUUUACCUUCAUUUCUUCCUCAAUUAGAAACAUCAAUUUCAUGUAUGGAUUCAAAAAUUUCUGUAAGUGAAUCGUUAAGUGUAAGUUAUCAUUGUAUAAUGUAUCAAAAUGAAAGUCCUUAUAUUAAUUUAACAAAAUGUAAUGAUUAUGUUAUUAACAAUACAGUUUUAUGUCUCAUCUUUCUUGAUGGAGAUCAAUCUGAAUCAAUAGCAUUGACGGGUGAUGACUAUGGAUUCUUCUUAGUUGAAGAAAUUAUGUCUAUUUAUUCUGAACAAGGUUCAAAUAUUGAACAAUAUUAUAAUGAAAGUUCAUCAUAUUUUUAUAUAUUUUCAAAUGCAACAAAUCCAACUGAUAAUUCUACUGUUAUUCAGCAAGUUUGUUUUUGUGCUCAAGAUAAUUGUAAUUCUAAUUUAACGAAUUGUCUUAAUGCAAAUCGAUCAUUAACAGUGACAAAUAAUGGAAUAAGUAAAUAA